CCUGGCCUCGUGUUUUUUGUGUGUAUCAAUGUGCGAUGUACAUAUGGUGAGAAUUCGCUUCUCGAUCAAACACUCUGCAAUCAGCAUUUAAAAACCCAUUAAUUAUCAUUUUUUUUUUCGACACCAAGUGAUUUUGGUUUCUCUGAUUCGAAAGAUCAGAGAGAGGCAGCUAUAAAGAGAAACAGAGGUUCUGGGCCCCAAUGGAUAAUAUAGCUAGUUCACAUGGUCCAGUGAACACAGAGAAACACACUCCACAGAAAGCUGCAACCCCAGGUCAGCAUGAUGGCAGUUUGAAGAAAAGGGACAGAAAGAAGCAGAAGAAGGGUUUAGAGGUGAAGUCGAACAAAACCCCUUCUCCGAGCAGCAAAGUCUGUGAUAAUACAGAAGAGAAUGUGGUCAUCAAUACGACCAGCAGCCACGACGUGAACAUUGCGACCCCAACCAAGGUGGAUGAUUCAGUCCAGGUACUUCAAGACAAGUCAAAUGUUGAGGUGAAGCCAUCUUGCGAAAGUCAGAAAGCUGAAGACAAAGCAGCGAGGAAAGAAAGACAGAGGGAAGAAUACAGGAAGCAGAAAGAGAAGAAGGCUUUGGCCGAAGGAGGCGGUUACUCGGCAACACCACCUGAGGGCCAGGUGCAAAAGACAAAAGCACAAAUAACAGCGGAAAGACGAUUGAAACAGGAGGCACAGAGGGCGGCAAAGUUAGAGAAGCAACAGGCCAAAGCGCAGAGUACAGCAGCUGCCAAGAAGGAACCCCUUCGUGUCCCGACGCAUUUGCGAGCAGACGAUGAAGCUAAGCAGAGGAAACUUGCCAAGAAACUCGACAAACAGAGUCUGCCCCAGCAUGGCACCAAAGAACGGCAUGUCCAGCUUUUCAGUCACCUUUUUGCUCAUAAAAGCAGCUCCUCUCUGAUCGAAACCGAUGUAUUCAAAAACUGUAAUGUUCAUCCUGCCAUUAUUCAAUUGGGUCUUUUAUAUUCACGGGGCCUAAUUUGUGGCUCAAAUGCACGCUGCAUCAGUUUACUGCGAGCGCUUCAACAAGUUAUUCGUGAAUAUUCUACACCAACAGAGAAAGAACUCAGCCGAGAUCUGGAGCAUCGAAUCAGACACAGUAUUGACUUUUUGGUUACUUGCCGACAUCUUUCUGUGAGUAUGAGGAACGCCAUUCGAUCUUUGAAGAGAAAUAUUUCACUCAUCAGUCCCGAAGUGGAUGAAAAAGAUGCCAAGGAAAAAUUGGUGGAUUUUAUUGAUCGAUACAUCAAAGAGAAGCUAUAUUUAGCUGCAGAUGCUAUUUUCCUGAAAGCGAAAGAGAAGAUAGAAGAUGAUGAUGUAAUCAUUGUAUAUUCAGGGUCAUCGCUGGUGCGUGAAAUCUUAAUUGAUGCUAAAAAGCACAACAAACGAUUCAGUGUAAUUGUAGUAGAUUCUCGGCCUCGAAUGGAAGGUAAGAAAACAGUAGAAGUUUUGGUUAAAAACGGUGUGGAGUGUUCCUAUGUGCUGAUCAGUGCCAUUUCCUAUGCAAUGCAGAAGGCCACAAAAGUCUUUCUCGGUGCUCAUGCUGCUUUGGCGAAUGGUUACAUUAUGUCCCGAGCUGGUACAUCCUUGCUGUGUAUGAUGGCGAAGGCUUACACGGUGCCGGUUCUGGUUUUCUGUGAGACACACAAAUUCAGCGAACGUGUACAAGCUGAUUCGUUUGUUUCUAAUGAGCUGGCCGAUCCAGAUGACCUAAUCCACCUGGACAACCAACCUGACUGCCUGACCGACUGGAAAUCGUACGAAUCCCUCACACUGUUGAAUCUCGUCUAUGAUUUCACGCCCCCCGAGCUGAUCACGGUCGUCAUCACCGAACUGGGCACCAUUCCGUGUUCGUCGAUCCCAGUCGUGUUGAGAGUGCAACAAGAAACUUAGGACCAUUUCUUCUUCUUCUUUUACUUCUGACUCGAAUUCUGAAGAAUUUUCUGGUUUUCCUCACCUGUUGCCAGUAAUUACCACCACCACCACCACCACCACCACUACCUGCCUAUGUCGUCAUUUAACCGAAUACUCUACAACCAAACGAACCUCUACCUUUACUGAUUGGACCCUUACGCUGCUACUACUACUUCUACUACUACUACUACUACUACUGACAGCAAUAGAAAUAUGUUAUACAAGAGAAUUU